CAGGUCUUUCGAGAACCGAGGGAAAUGGCAAAUGAAGAUGAAACAAAGUAUUCUCACCGGAUUUAUAAGAAUAAUCCACUUCAGUAUAAAAAUUACGUUGAUAAGCGAGUGAAAAUUACUGGAAAGGACUCUAGUGUACACGAGGGCAUUGUUUACACUGUGGAUCCAGUGUCUGAGAGUGUCAUAUUGAUGAAUUCCAACAAAUCUGGCGAUUACCACGCAGAAGUGGUGAUCGGAGACUCCAUAAAGUCCAUCGAGAUCUUGCAGGACUCAGAGGAGCAGCUGCCAGAAUUAUUCCUCAGCAAAAAAUGCGAAAUAUCUGUUCCUGAAAUCCAGAAGAGGAAAGAAGAAUUAAUGAAGUUAUUGGUUGAGAGCAGAAUGCCAGUAGUGGACGAGGGUGACGUCCUGAUGAUCCCGGGAGUAGUCUCCAUAGAAGCCCCAUAUAAUCCCGAAAACUGUGUCUGCGUAAACCCUGUCAUAAUGACCAGAAUCCAGGGCAUCCUGUCUCAAAUGAAAAACAGGUGAUAAAAAAUACAAGUCUAGAUGUUGUCAGGUUCAUUUAUUUGAUUAUGGUAAUGUUAUAAUAAAUAAUCGUAUGGAAAUACUAUAAA